AAGCAAAGCAUUAUCAUGUUAAGUCUUGUAGCAGCUAUUGUUGCCAUGGCGUCGGAGCCUAGUCCAUUACAAGACAUCUGCGUUGCAGAUUUCAGUGGCUCCUCGUCCAUCAGGGUCAAUGGCUUCCCUUGCUUGGACCCCGAGAAGGUAGAAGCUCACCACUUCUCCUAUAGUGGGCUCAACGUGGCUGGCAACUUCAGCAUUUAUGGUACCAGCAUUAACCGCCUCACUGUGGACCAGAUCCCAGGGCUCAACACCCUUGGCAUUUCAACAGUGCGAGUCGACUACCUCCCCAAAGGUGUCGUGCCACCACACAUCCACCCUCGGGCGACUGAGAUACUGUUGGUCCUGCAUGGUAAGAUCAGUGUAGGCUUUGUGACAUCCAACCCAGAGAACCGGCUCAUCACCAAGGUCCUGCAGGAAGGCGAUGCCUUUGUCUUCCCCACAGGACAUGUUCACUUCCAACAGAACGUUGGCCCUGGAAAUGCCACCGUUAUUGCCUUCUUGAGCAGCCAGAAUCCUGGUGUCAUCUCUGUUGCCAAUUCCAUCUUCGGGACAAAUCCACCUAUCAACAAUGAUGUGCUCACCAAGGCCUUCCAAGUCAACCGUGCCACUAUUAAGAGUCUCCGCUCACAGUUCUGAUUGUUUUCAUUCUUUUAUCCAACUUCAUCAGUAUUUAUAUAUUACCAUAUGUAUCUUCUGUACAUUGUUUGCAGAUAAUAAGAACAAUAAACAUUUUAUGA